UGGGUAGGCUGCGGAAUAGCAUUGAAAUGUCGCUUGACUCGCCAAUGACGGGACGUGUUUUAUUCAGUGUUGACGUGACUGUCAUGACUAUACUAUUAGGAUCCGUUUUUGUUGUUAUAGCAUGCUUGCUAUUUAUCAUACGGCUAUAUAUUGUUGUCAGGAACGGGCAAAACCGUAAACCUGGAAACAAAGGUCGGAUUACUCUCCUUAUCGUUGCGGGAUCAGGUGGUCACACAGCAGAAAUCCUGCGACUGAUGAAGAGCCUUUCCAGUGCUUACUCACCUCGAAUCUAUGUUAUUGCGGAUACAGACAGGAUGAGUGAAGAGAGAAUCCGUGCUUUUGAAAAAUCUAAACUGUUAGACUGUGAUCCACAGUUCACCAUUCAUCGGAUCACACGAAGCAGAGAGGUACAUCAAUCAUGGAUUUCUUCAGUUCGAAGCACCUUGAAUGCCCAGUUUUACUCGAUACCUCUGAUCUUCAGAAUCAGACCUGACAUGGUGCUGUGUAAUGGCCCAGGGACCUGUAUUCCCCUUUGCAUAGCAGGACUCCUGCUUGGAACUCUGGGAAUCAAGAAAGUCUUAAUUGUUUUCAUUGAAAGUAUUUGUCGUGUGGAGUCGCUGUCGCUCACAGGGCGAAUCCUUUACCACUUUUCAGACUAUUUUUUUGUGCAGUGGGCCAAUCUUAGGCAUAGGUAUCCAAAGUCUAUUUUCCUUGGAAGAAUAGUGUAAAAAUGUCUUUUGCUGCAGGACGGUAACCAAGUGCAUUAGUGCAGUAAUGUCAUCCAUUUUAUCAGUCAACCAAAGUAUAGGCCACACCUUACCAAGUGAUGGAGCUUUGUCAAAAAACAUGGGGUAAAACGACAAUACGCUCGACCCACCGGAAACAUCUUGGACUAAAUGAGAAUAAUGAUUUUCUACAGAUUUGCACCUAAUUAAGAAAGAAAUACAGAGGCUGAGCUACUUCCAAACUGGAAAGAUUGCAGCAAAGUUCAUGAUGUGUGUUUCUACCAAAAAAGGCAAGAUACUGCAUGGAGUAGAUGGAAAUUAUGCACUUCAGGUAUGUGCUUUAUCAAAUCAGAGACAAAUUUUAUGGCGGCGGAUUUGGAGUUUUUUUUUUUUUUAACAGUUUAAACAUUUCAACAUUGAAAUACCACAAACCAUGAUUAUCACAGCAGAUCUUUGAUUUGAAGAGUAGUGCAGCUUCGAAGUUUCUAAAUGAUCCAAGCUUGAGAUCAGCCAUUAUAACAUGAGGGCUGACUUGGAGUCAGUAACAAGAAAGAGUCAUGUAAUAUCGCUUGACAAAACUUCUUUCAACUAUGCAUUUUCUUUCAUCUGGGUCAUUUCAAUACACACUGACAAUUGGUGCUGGCCUCUCCGAGUGCACUUUUUCGGUCGGGUGCACAGUCCCAACUUUUAAAUGCGUUACGAUGAGCAAAACAUCCAAUUCCCAUGAAUUUGGGGCAAGUUAAAUCAAACAUCAUGGUUUUGUGCAGUGCUCUUCUAAAUUUUCCGUGGUGAAAACCGUUAUCGCAAGAUAAAGUGAAAAAUUAUCUUAAAUAUGCCAAAUAUGCCAAUUUGGGUUCCAUAUUUCGAUUUUGAUACCAAAAUCUUCUAAUUUUUGUUUUGUUUGUUUGUUGUUUAAGGGGUUGGGGGGCAAGGCCAAAAUAGUUUUCAUGCUUUAAAAAAAAAUAUUACACAUCAUUCAGUGCAACUGGCCACCCCAGUAUCCUGGGAAUUGACAUUUUGCUUAAUUAUCCGUCUGUUAUUCACCAAACAGUAAAUAUAAAAAUAAAUAAAGCUUCACAUUCCCUUUAACUACACUGAUGGAUUUGUUUAUUGUGUUAAAGAAAGAUGUCAAAAUGUCCCUGAAUUGCCUCCUUUGAGUUUUCUAUCUGUGGCCUUAAAAAAUAAUGUUUAAAAAAGAAACUAACAUUUUAUUUCUGGAUUAAGUCAUCGAGACCCUGUCUCACCUCUUCACUAUGAAUUUUAAUGCAAUUACCUUUACUAUAAAUUGUGGUUCUCAUUUUGAGUGAGCAGGUUGUAUAGGAUUAGAA